UCCUCUACAAUACGUGGGUGUUGAGUUUAAGUCUGGGCAUGCGCAGUAGGAUUUUCUAGGCCACACCUUUUUAAAAUGGAGGCAUCUAGAGAGAAUGAAGGUGUGAAGAUCGGAGGAUGGACAUACGAAGCUCCAAAGCACAAGAGCAAGAAAAAUGCUCCCGAUAAUGAUUUGACGUUUGAAAUUGAAGAUGAGAGACUAAAGCAAGACAAUGAGAUUGAGGAUUUUAUUGAUAAUAUCCCUGAUCUUGAUGAAAUGAAUGAAGGAGACCUUGUCUCUCAAGUGGCUGCUCCCCCUAGUGCUGCAGUUCAACAGAUCACCACUUAUAAACAACUUGAUAAUGAUCUUGCUAAACAUGCAAGUCUUUUCACAAUGGAUGGGGAAAUUGAUUUAAAGGCUUUGGCACAAGUCAUAUCACCAGAAUCAGAGAUACAGGAGGAUGACAAGGUGUGGGAAUGGGAUAAACUCUUUGCCGAGGUGUCUCACGAGAUUGAGAGUACCUGGAGACAGGACCAACCCCAGACGCUUGAAGGUUUGAGCAGUCCAAGUAACUCAAGUACUUUUUAGCGGACAAACCUCUCUCCCUUUUCUCCCCUCCCCCUCUCCCUCUCAACCAAUCUCACUUUUAAGUUAUCAUCACACAGAUGUACCCUUAAUGUGGUACAUUUGCACUAUUUUA